AUGAGUAACUAAAAGAAUAGCUAUGAUAAUUUGAUCUUUGAUGAGGAUGAUGAACUAUAAAAAUUAGGUUAGUCAAAUAAGAAUACUAAAUUUUUAAAUCGAUUGAAUAAUCCAAAAAACAAAUCAUUAGAGAAAACUUAGUUAAAUACUGUAACAGAAGAAAAUAGAAACAAAUUAAAAGAGGAACUUAAAUAAACUGUUGGAAACAGUAAAUACAAGUUCAAAUAUUUGUUUUAGAUUCCUUAAAUUAUUAAGAAUUCUAAAUUGUAGAGUAGAAAAAAGACAUAUGAGAUUUUUACAAAAAAUUCUUAGCUUGAACAAUAUUAUUUGUAAUUAUAAAAUACUUCCUCUAAUACUGUCAAUAUAAUUUAGACUAAUGCGGAUUAUAAAGAUAUAUUAAGUUAAAUUUCAAAUAAUAAAGUAAGUGAUACCUAUCUACAUAAAAAUAAAAAGAAUAGUGGAGGAAUUUUUGUUAAUGAGUUAUGGUCAUAAAAACUUAGAAAUUAAAUCUGUGACCAAUCAAGAUUGAAGCAAUUAUCUGAAAUUAUUGAAAUGAAUAAAAUUAAAAUGAGUUAUGAUGAACAGUUAUUGAAUUUCUAAGAAUAUUUUACAUAAAAAACAUAACAAAAAAAAGAAACUAUUACAGAUAUGCAGGAAAUUAUUUAAACAGCAUUUUAAACAGAAAAUUAAUAGGAAACUAAAAUAUAAAAUUAAAAUCAAUAAAGAGAAUAUUAGAACAUAAAUUUAUAAUGUUAUUUUAAAACUUAAUUAGAUGAAUAGCCUAUAGAUUAUUCUACCAAAUAUAGUCGAAUGGCUUCUCGUAAUCAUAGUUAAGCCUUUAGACCAUAAUCAUAAGAAUAUAGUAUAUUUAGCCGUCGAGCAUCUACUUUAUAAAAAAAUUAAUAUGAAAUUAUGCCUACAUAAAUUAAUCAUCAAGACUCAUCUAACGAUAGAUUAUAAUUUAUAAUUCAAGAAUCAUGUAAAGAAAAUCAAUUAACUAAAAAUACUGUAUCUAAAAUGAAUAAUUUUUUCAAAUCAGAAAAAGAUAUUUAAGAAAGAAUUAAAAAAUAAAGAAUGAAGUUUUACUUAGCUAAAGAUUUGAACAAUGCAAUAAAACUAAAAAAAUAAAGAGAGUCAAAUUCUCAUAUAUAUGGUUCAAUAGCUUGA